UAUGCGCAAACGUAAUAUAACUUCUGAUGUUUGUCCUGGUUUAGUUGAUAUGUUUAUUCAUUGUUUUAUUAUAUUAUAAUGUAUUAAAGUUAACUAUUUAAUCGAUCGAUCAAAGAAAAUGGCCUUUCUAACUAAUUUAGUUAAUAUGUCUUUUCUACAGCAUCCUUCAUUACGUCGUUGUAUACAUGUUAGCGCAGUUGUUAAUAAAGUUCAAUCUGGUCGAUAUAAACCAACACCUAAAAGAACUUUACGUUUAACAUAUGAGAUGGCUAAUCCACCUCAUUACAUUGCACAUAGAAAAUCGUGGAAUUCUUGGAAUACCUCAAAUAUAAAAGAUGGCAACAGACCGGCUGAAACAGCAUUGGAAGAUGUCUUUAUUAGACGUUUCAUGGCAGGAACGUGGCACAAUUUAUUUGUAUGCGAAGUUAUUAUUAAAAGACAACAUAAUAUUAUUAGAAUUGCUGGUAUUGUUGAUCGUAGUAUACAUCCAAGUAAGAUGUACUUUUUGACUGGUUAUACGGAAGAAUUUUUAAGUCGUUAUUUACAGUGUAUUGUAAAAUUGGAGAUAGCAACUGGUUAUAAACACGAAACUACAUUUAAAUAUAUUUAAGAAUUAAAUAGAAUAGAAAUUAAUUAAAUAUAUUUAUAUAAGCGUAUUGAUUGUAAAAAUGUGGAAUAAAAGUGUUUAUAUAU